AACGAGGCCAAUGUGUACCAUACGGACAACUGGUUUCUACUAUAAAUUACACAACAAGUCUUGUAUAAUUUGCCAUCGAUCGAUAUAUCCCAACAUCGCCAAACACCACAAUGGAGAUCCAAACAAUUAUAGGCCUUGUAGCUUUGCUAGCAAUCUUCACCCAUGUCCUCUUGAGACUUGCAUCUCACGGCAACAAUGGCUCCCCCAAACUUACCGGAAUUCCUGAGCCACCCGGUGCACUACCCUUCAUAGGCCACCUCCUCAGUCUCGGCAGCCACAAGGAUGACCCGGUUGCCCGAAUUCUCGGGGCCAUGGCCGACAAGUACGGCCCGCUCUUCUCGCUACGGAUCGGCCUGCGCCGGCUCUUGGUGGUGAGCAGCAAGGAGAUGGCGAAGGAAUUCCUGGCCACCAACGACAAAGUUUUCGCCACCAGGGCGAGCAUAACAGUUGGAAAACACAUUGGUUACAACAAUGCCAUCUUUGCUCUUGCUCCUCAUGGCCAAUAUUGGCGUGAUGUGAGGAAGAUGGCCAGUCAUGAGCUCCUGUCGAACGACCGGCUGGAAACGCUAAAACAUGUUCCAGAUUCAGAAGUGGAGUCAAUGAUUAAGGAGUUGUUCAAGCUGUCGGAAGACAACAAGGUGGCAACAAUCAGCGAGAUGUUUGAGCACAUGGCAUACAAUAUCAUCCUCAGGAAGCUUGUCGGGAAGCGGUUUUCAGCAGCCGAGUACGGGGAGAAGAGCAGCGAGGCGGGCCGGAUAAGGAGCGGCAUCAGCGACGCCUUGUUUCUGAGUGGUAUUUUUGUGUUGUCGGACGCCAUUCCUUGUCUUGAGUGGAUGGAUUUUCAGGGGCAUGUGGGUUCCAUGAAAAGGGCUGCUAAGGAGAUUGAUUCGGUGCUUGAUAUUUGGCUCCAAGAACAUCUCCACCAGAAAAAAUUAGAGUGUAAAAGUAAUGAGGAUAGGGAUUUCAUGGAUGUGAUGCUAUCAACCUUUGAGGAGGAUGCUGUGAUUUCUGGCCACACACGAGAUACCAUCAUCAAGGCAACAACAUUGAUUCUCAUCCUAACAGGCUCAGGAAGCACAGCUGUGACUCUAACAUGGGCAGUGACCCUACUCUUAAACCACCCAAAAGUCCUAAAGGCUGCCCAAGAAGAGCUAGACACCCAUGUGGGGAAGGACAAAUGGGUGCAAGAAUCCGACAUCAAGAACCUCAACUACGUCCGAGCCAUUGUUAAGGAAACCCUGCGCCUCUACCCACCAGGCCCCCUCACAGGAAUACGGGAGGCCAUGGAAGACUGCAACAUUGGUGACUGCUUUGUUCCAAAGGGCACUCGUGUGGUCAUCAACAUAUGGAAGCUGCAGCGCGACCCACGGGUGUGGGAGAACCCGUCGGAGUUUCAGCCGGAGCGGUUUCUGACAACUCAUGCAGAGGUUGACGUUAGGGGUCAGAAUUUUGAGUUUAUUCCGUUUAGUUUUGGAAGAAGGUCAUGCCCUGGAAUUGGAUACGGCUUUCAAGUGCUUCACUUGGCAUUGGCUCGAGUGCUUCAAGGAUUUGAUAUUGCAACCGUGGGAGGCAUGAAGGUGGACGUGCGUGAAGGAUUGGGAAUUGCUUUGCCAAAGGUUGAGCCACUACAACUUGUGCUCAAGCCUCGCCUUCCUAAGGAUCUCUAUUAAUAUAUUGAUUGCUUUCUAUGAAAGCAACUACUUCAAAUGAUCAGUUGAAGGUUAAUGAUUAUGUAGGUUAAGUGUGAAAUAGCAAUAGCCCUAGACCCUCCUUUAGGGUUUUGUUUUUUUGGUUUCAUAGAUGUACCCUUUUUGAGGUGAAAACCCUAUGACUAUCGACUAGUGCAACAGAAUAAGCACCCGAUGUAUCUAGGCCUCAGACACCGUUGUAACUCAGAUAUAUAGCCACAAGGUCAUCAUCUAUGAUCUAUGCACCUGCAUCAACAUUAACAACAUCGUUUGCACCAUGAGAAUUACCACCACCCAUGAUGCAAGCGGGAUUUAUGAGCCUCCCGUCUCCAUGAAAUAGA